AUGAGUGGAGAAGAAAAGGUUGUUUGUGUGACAUGUGCUUCUGGUUUUAUUUCUUCAUGGAUUGUCAAGUUCCUUCUUAAAUGUAGUUACACUGUCAGAGCCAUUGUUCGUAAUCCAAGUGAUCCUAAAAAGGUUGAGCACUUGAUAAAUCUUGAUGGUGCAAAAGAGAGGUUGCAGCUCUUUAAGGCAGAUCUUUUAGGAGAAGGUUCCUUUGACUCUGCUGUUGAGGGAUGUGAUGGUGUAUUUCAUACUGAUUCACCUGUUUUUUUUGUCGUAGAUGACCCACAGUUGAUUGAUCCAGCAGUGAGGGGAACUCUUAAUGUUCUUAAAUUAUGUGUUAAAUCACCAUCUAUGAAAUGA